UCGGCUUCCGAGGCGCAGCCAGCUCGGACCCCGAGAAGAUGGCGAGGAGGAGCCGCCACCGCCUCCUCCUGCUGCUGCUGCGCUACCUGGUGGUCGCCCUGGGCUAUCAUAAGGCCUAUGGAUCGUCUGCCCCAAAAGGCCAUCAAGUAGUCACAGCAAUAGAGUAUCAAGAGGUUAUAUUAGCCUGCAAAUAUGCAAAGAAGACCAUGUCCUCCAGGUUAGAGUGGAAGAAACUGGGCCGGAGUGUCUCCUUUGUCUACUACCAACAGUCUCUUCAAGGUGAUUUUAAAUAUCGAGCCGAGAUGAUAGAUUUCAGUAUACGGAUCAAAAAUGUUACAAGAAAUGAUGCUGGGAAAUAUCGUUGUGAAAUUAGUGCCCCAUCUAAGAAAGGCCAAAACCUGGAAGAAGAUACGGUUACUCUGGAAGUACUAGUGGCUCCAGCAGUUCCGUUGUGUAGCGUCCCCAGCUCUGCUCUGAGUGGAACUGUGGUAGAGCUGCGAUGUCACGACAAAGAAGGGAAUCCAGCUCCUGAGUACACGUGGUUUAAAGAUGGCGUCAAUUUGUUAGAGAAUCCAAGACGUGGCCCCCAAAGCAGCAACAGCUCAUAUACAAUGAAUACAAAAUCUGGGACUCUGCAAUUUAACACUGUUUCAAAACUAGACAGUGGAGAAUAUUUCUGUGAAGCCCAUAAUUCCGUGGGACGUCGCAGGUGUCACGCGAAGCGAAUGCAAGUAGACGAUCUCAACAUACGUGGCAUCAUAGCAGCUGUAGUAGGUGUGGCCUUUGUGAUUUCUGUUUGUGGCCUUGGUGUGUGCUAUGCUCAGAGGAAAGGCUACUUUUCAAAAGAGACCUCGUUCCAGAGAAGUAAUUCUGCAUCUAAAGCCACCACAAUGAGUGAAAAUGAUUUCAAGCAUACAAAAUCUUUUAUAAUUUAAAAUAAUGCCACCUUUGAGAUACACCAAAACCACAGUUGUUACACAAGCUAUUAAAAGAUUUAAAUCUCUGCUUUGUCUUACAUUUGCAAGGAGGUACAUGAGGAGAUUAAAUUGGUAUUUCAUUCUAAUUUUUAUGAUCGCUAAAUUACUUGAAAUUGUUCUGUCAGCACCUAAAUAAAAUACGGUCUGGCUUCUUGUGUCUGGACAAAGUUAAAAGAAUCACAAUACUUUAUAGUAUUCCGGGGUUUAUGAGAUGUUAAAUGCCCUAACUUCUGGAGGAAGUUCGAUUGUGAAAUGAACCCACAGAGCAUGAAAAUAUAAACUGUAUCCACUUUC